AAUGUUAUCAUCAGUUUUGCAGUUGCUUCAUUGAAAUAAAAGAGAACAAGAAAUGAAAAGAGCGACGCACACUUUAAAUUUGUUCGUAAGGCGGUCAAGUAGUCUGCCCAUAGUUAAAUCACAGCCCACAUCGACACGAUAUCUGAGUUGGCCAAUCAGAGUGUCUGUGUUACUCACCAGGUUUCCGCGUAUCUCGAGUGAAGUGAGUGAUCUGCAGGAGAGAUUUCAAAUAUACAGGAAUGAGAUGGAAAUAGAGAAGAGCAAACUGGCAGACCACGAAUUAGCACUCAAACAGAAAAGUAGCGCCAAGAACAUAGUCACAGCCAGAGAUUUCGAAAUUGCCCAAAAGCAAAAGUUUGACAUAUUCAAACCAGCAAGUCGAACUACGGACGAAGAAAAUGACCCGAAAUCACUGAACAAAAAACUAUCUCAGAAACUUGUCCUGGCAAUAAAAGAUGAAACGUGCUCGGAGAAGCAGUAUAUUCUGCCAAGUACUAAUUUACAAGAAGGGGAGAGCUAACGAAUAGCUGCCGAAAGAUGUUUAAUACAAAAUUGUGGAACUUCAAUUAGAGCGAGAUUUUGGAGCAACGCCCCAAAUGCGAUUGUUAAAAGAAAUCUUUCAAAGAAUGCGAGAGAAAAACUUCAACUGAACAGUGAUGUAACAGGCGUGAACGAAUUUAUUUUCCUCGUAAAUUAUGAAACUCAUUUUGAAAGUGCAAAUGAUAUGUUCGCCUGGAUUACGAAAGACGAACUGAAUAACUAUUUUAGAAACAGAAAACUUUGUAGUGUUAUAUCCGAUUUGAUGUAUGAGUUUUGAUUAUC